UGCAUUGAUCAGAUGAUUCCUAGAGUUUGUUCAGGCGUCUGUAGAGAAGUUCUGUUCGGGCUUAGCUAAUAUUGUUAAAAAUGGAUGGUGUUAAUUUUGUGUUUGGUGCAAUAUUAUUGUCUCUUACAUUUUUAUCUAACAUUGAAGCUUUUAAAUACCAUGUACCGGUACUUAUUUGGGGUCCAGGUGGAUCGUCAGGAGCUAAAGAAGGUAUCUCCAGUCUAACCAGGUUGCAGGCCAACGACUUUACUAAUCACUUGAUGAAAAUGGUGCAUGCCAAAAGAUCGCCUAUCAUACUUUUUGCUGAGAGCACGUUGAGCGUUGAAGAUUUCAGUCAUCAGGAUGCUUAUGAGAAUGGAAAUUUUCCAAAUUUGAAAGCUUUGAUCAAGUCGGAAAAGGGAUUUGAGUUUCUGCCCUCAGUCGAGCAGCCAGUGUCAGCUCUUACAAGUGCAGAAAUUAUAGCUUCUUAUGGAUAUAGUACAGCUGAUUUGUCUGAAGAACCAUUGCAAAAGGGUAAAGUUUAUGUUGUGAAACUGGAGGAUGCAGAAACCAAAGAAGAUCGAUCAGAAAUGCUACGCAGGCACGACACAAAAAUUUCUCAAGUUUACAAGAAACUAGCUUCAAAUAAUGCCGAUCUUGUUGCUAUAUUCACGGGACAAUUUUCUUCGUGGUUCGAACCAGCCGAUGUGACUCGGGUGAGACGUGAUGUCAUUGCCAAUUCCAAUGAUACUUCAUCAGUAGUUUUGCGAUCGAAUAAGACCCUCCUGUAUUCACCCAAAGCACCUGUUCUCAAAAUCAGUGACAAAGAAGCUCUCCUUAGCGGUUCACCGACUUCCUAUCCGGAUGACGAACGUGAGAACAGUCUGAAAGCGAUCUACGCCUACACAGUUCCGUCACUAGGCGUGCCCAACCUGAAGCUGCGUAUCUACUUUCGCAACGAGUCAGCUGAUGGCGAGUGGGCACUCACUCAGAUCGAGUAUGAGACGUCAUCCGAUAAUGUCCUUCUGCAGCCUGAUCAGUAUAUUGGGGCACAGGCCGGCCGCUCCUAUCAUGUUAGCGGUCCUCUCCUCUUCGCCAACAAGACAGCUCACGUGCAGCUCACCUUUCCCGACGGCCUUCAGGUAGAGCCGUGGCUGAGUGACGGACAGACUGCUUUCUCCUAUGCCGACGAGAGCACACCCUUCUUCACGGCGCCCAUAUGGAUGGGCAUCUUUGUCAUGUCGCUGUUCGGCAUGAUCCUGCUCUGGGCGCUCACCAUGAUCAUGGACAUUCGCACCAUGGACCAGUUCGACGACCCCAAGGGCAAGACCAUCACUGUCAACGUCACCGACUAAAUUACAGAAGGCUUCAAUGCAUGCCAACCCCGUUUCACGUGAUACCAGACAUCAUGUAGUAUCAUUGCCAACAACUAAAUCAUAAAUGGCUGCAAUGUCAACCCUUGUUCUUGUUACAUCAUGUUGAAUCAUGUAGUAUCAUAAUAUAAAGGUAAUUAUUAAUGAAUAUCGAGAAUCGAUCGGUUUAUUACAUAGAACUCACAACAUCACUGACUAAACCACAAAUCCUAUAGAGUACUGUACCACUCCUGGUGUUUGUUAAAUCAUAACCGAAUCAUUUAUUAUCAUAAUAUAAAGGUACUUACUAAUGAAUAUCGAGAAUCUAUCUGUUUAUUACAUAGAACUCACAACAUCACUGACUAAACUACAAAUCCUAUAGAGUACUGUACCACUCCUGGUGUUGUUAAAUCAUAACCGAAUCAUUUAGUAUCAUAAUAUGAAGGAACUUACUAAUGAAUAUCGAUAAUUCAUCUGUUUAUUACAUUCAACUCACAACGUCACUGACUAAACUACAAAUCCUACAGAGUACUGUACCACUCCUGGUGUUUGUUAAAUCAUAACCGAAUCAUUUAUUAUCAUAAUAUGAAGGAACUUACUAAUGAAUAUCGAUAAUUCAUCUGUUUAUUACAUAGAACUCACAACGUCACUGACUAAACUACAAAUUCCUAAGAGUACUGUACCACUCCUGGUGUUUGUUAAACACCGAAUCAUUUAGUAUCAUAAUAUGAAGGUGCUUAUUAAUAAAUAUCAAGGAUUCAACUCACAACGUCACCGAUUAAACUACAAAUCCUACUCACCACGGCGCAAUCACCUACUCAACCCUGCUCCUGGUUUCACGUGAUGACAUCAUCCACGCUGUGAAAAUAAUUAAGGACUGGAAAUUUUGUGAAGUGACAACUACAAGAUAACCCAUUUCGGACUAUGUGUAGCCUUAUCUAAAUUUGGGAGAGGAAUAGCACAAGGCUACCUUAUUUUUUUCUCUCCCUAUCAUUUUGAUGAUGUACUUAUUGUAUCGAUAGAAUGAAGUAUCAUUUUUACCGACUAAAUUACAAAAGGGUGUAAUGCCAAUACUGGUCUUUGUUUCAUUUUAUUUGAUCUUGUUGAAUCAUCUCCAUAGACUGAAUUACAAAAGGGAGCAAUGCCAAUCCCGGUAAUCACAUGCAAUGAUGUUACAUCCAAUGGUAUCACGUGAAUUAGUAAAUAAUGUAAAGUAUCACACUUGUACGUUCCAAUAUCUAUCUAUCAACAAGAUUUUCCUUUGCUAGUUGUAAAUAUUUGAGCCCUGCUUUCCAAUAGCAUUGAUCCUUAUGGUAGGGUUCAUACAUUGGCCGAAUGCUAUGCGUGAAUGCUUCCAUAAUAUCCAAUGUUAACCUUUAACUGCCAAGCAGAGAGCAGGAGGGGAUUGUGUAUAGUUGAAUGAAAUUCUUGAGAUAUAAAUGGCGGGGAUCGAGAUGUUUUAGUUAAUACUGGUCGUUAUACUUGUUAAACUCGUAAAUAUAUUUCAACAAAAUAAACUUAUUAAUCACUCACUUAGUCGAGUAUUAAAAUAAACCCAAUUUAGAAUUGUAUAGCCUGAUAUUUUUAGACUUUAAAACGUUUGUGAAACAUUAAUUGAUUAUGAACUGUUUCAUAAUUUUUAACAAAGUAAAAGAUCUGUGAAGAAUUAAAUAACUCAAAUUAUAUAAAAAAACUUAUAUUAUUAUUUGAACAUCUAUAGCUAACAGUUGAAAUGCCACUAUAUAUUAAUUAUAACUAAAGUAUUUCCAUAGUAGAGAUUUAUCAAUUGGAAAUAAGGAAUCAAAGGCUUCUCGUAAGUGUAGAUAAAUUUCAAUAAUAUCACACUGACAAAUUGUAAAUUGAAUAUGGUAUGGAUUUUUGAUCGGGGUUUAAUGUAUAUAUUUGUACAAGUGGACAAAAUACACAAGUUUGUUGAAAUGAAAUAUCGGAAGACUCAAUAUCUCAAGUAAUAAACUUUCCACAUUAGUCUGUGAGCGUUCAAUUAGUACUCAGUUGCACAAAUCUCUGCCAAGUUUUGAUCUUAAAUCAAUGAUCGAAGUUUGUCUGUAGAUUAAUAAUUUUUAUCCAAAUUGAAAUUUUAUUACCAACGUUUGGAAGAUGUAUUGUGAUCACAAAGUUUGAGUAUAUAAGCGAUUUUAAGGAAUUUUCGAUGUUAUCUGAUCUUAUUGUAGAUACUUAACCUGUUGUUAUAGGUAAAGAGGAAUAGCUGUAGUUGCAUUUAAUUAGGUGAUUGUUAAAUAUGAGUAGCGUUCUUUAGCAUACCGUCGAGAUAACUUAGCAUGUACACUAUCUAAGUCCUCAGCGAGCGAUGUAACUUGACUAAGUUCAUAACAACUUAUAAUAUUGUAUAUACCGUGACAUACAACAUACUUAUCCGUAUACGGUAAUGUUCAUACGUUUAAUAUUGUAUUAGUUAUGUUAUAUUGACGGUAUGCUAAUAAGUAUCGCUUUUAUGAACCUUUAGAUGUAUUAAGAGUCUAAUAAAUUAUAUGUUGAAAGUAA